CAGUGCCUGCUCCUUCUGCAGAGAUGAUCAAAGCCAAGGAUCCAGAGCCCCAGUAUUUCCGCUUCGAGGGCGUGUGGCUGACAGAGACGGGGAUGGCCGUGCUGCGCAACCUGACCCUGUCACCCCUGCACAAGCGGCGGCAGCGCAAGGGCCGCCCGGGCACCCUCAACGGGGACGGGGGGCUGGAGGGGGGCGACCCCCUGGGCCCUGAGGACAAGAAGGACGGUGACCUGGACACCGAUGAGCUGCUCAAAGCUGACGUGGGUGUGGAGCACAUGGAGUGUGAGAUCAAGCUGGAGGCUCCGGCCAGCCCUGACCGCGACGUUGGAGCUGAUGGGGACUCGGGGAAGGGGCUGGAGGACCCUGAGGAGUGCAAGAAGAGGAAGCGCAAACCGUACCGGCCUGGCAUCGGUGGGUUCAUGGUGAGGCAGCGCAAAUCCCACACGCGGCUCAAGAAGGUCUCAGCAGUGCUGCCAGACGUGGGGCGUGAGGGGCUGAGCACCGAGGGACACCCUGAGGAUGGGGCUCCUGGUGAUGUCCCAGCCGAGGCUGGCCUGGAUCCCGGCUCAGGAGAGGGGGAUGAGAAGAAGAAGCGCCGGGGACGAAAGAAGAGCAAGUUGGAGGACAUGUUCCCCCCGUACCUGCAGGAGGCGUUUUUUGGGAAGGCACUGAUGGACCUGAGCCGCAAGGCGCUGCUGGCAGCAGGCGGGGUUGGGGAUGGGGCCGCCCGCCCCGCCUUGGGCCAGGGUGCCCCAAGGCCCAAGGGGGACCCCAACCUCGCUGGGGCACUGCAGGGGGGCACCCCGGACAGGAGGGAGACCCCCACCCACCCCCGAGGCGACGACAGCACUGACGGCAGCGCCGCCGCUCCCGAUGACGAUGGCAAGGACGACGCCAAGGCCGAGGAGCUGGGAGCUGACGAGCCCAAGGAUUCCCCAGACCGCGGGGACACCGAAAAACCGGCCACCCCAGGCGAGGGAGCACUGAGUUCUGACCUCGACAAGAUCCCCACGGAAGAGCUGCCCAAGAUGGAGAGCAAGGAUGUGCAGCAGCUCUUCAAGGACGUGCUGGGCUCAGCGGAGCGUGGGGAGCAGCCCCUCAACUGCGUGGCUGCGGGGAUGGAGGCCGGGCAGGACCCCAGCCGAGCACAGCGGCCCUUCCUGCAAGGAGACCUGCAGCUCUCAGGGCAGGGGAGCGUUUCCCUGGGCUCACUCUCCGGAUCUGUCUCCUUGGACUCGUACUCGGGGGUCUGCCAGUCCCCAUUCCUCGAUAACAGGGAGCGGAGCGGCUUCUUCAGCCCAGACCACUGCGAGCCCGAGAGCCCCUGGGCCAGCAGCUCGGCCGCCACCACCCCCUCGACCCCCACGACACCCACGACGGAGGGCGAGGGCGACGGGCUGUCCUACAACCAGCGCAGUUUGCAGCGCUGGGAGAAGGACGAGGAGCUGGGUGAGCUCUCCACCAUCUCCCCUGUCCUCUACGCCAACAUGAACUUCCCCAACCUCAAGCAGGAUUAUCCAGACUGGUCGAGCCGCUGCAAACAGAUCAUGAAGCUCUGGAGGAAAGUCCCUGCCACGGACAAAGCCCCAUAUUUGCAAAAGGCCAAAGAUAACCGG